UUAGCAGUGUUAGCGUCCUCGUUAAAUCCAGUUUGCUUUCGCAGCUCCCGAGUCGAACACUACAAAUACGCCUACAGUUCUAUCUCGCGUUUACUUCUCUAACAAGACAAUCUACACCUCCUCUCGAUACCGGAAAGACUGAUAGCUUUUCAAUAUGGGCUUCAAUUUAGUAUACCAAUCAUUAAUUGACAUAUUUCCACAGAUUGAUAAGCGCUUGCUGAGAGCAGUUGCUAUUGAGCAUUCUAAGGAUGUUGAUGCUGCUGUGGAUAGUGUUAUUUCAGAGAUUAUUCCGUAUUGGUCUCAGAGGAGCUUUGCUGUUUUUCCUCCUCGCGAGGACAUUAGGCCAGUAGGUACAUCUGAUGGAGGAGGGGAAUCUGAAGCUGAAAAUGAGGAACAAAGCAAAUUGUUAAGGCAUCGAACGGUUAGUGCAGAAAGAGAAGUGGACACUUCGUCAAGUGUACCAUUGAUGACUGGACAGGCAUAUGACAAUGAUGAUACUGUUGGUGCCCAUCUUACUGGUUCUACUAAUGAUGAGGCACUGACUACUUCUGCAAUUGAAAAUGAACAUGAGGAACAAAGCAAAUUGUUAAGCCAAACGGUUGGUGCAGAAAAAGAAGUGGGCUCUUCUUCUGUAGUAACAUCGAUGACCAGACAGCCCUAUGACAAUGAUGGUUCCAUUGGUGCCCAUGUUCCUGGUUCAACUAAUGAUUCGGCACUGGCUAAUUCUACAAUUUUCUACAAUUCAUGUUAUGGGAAGUCAAGUACAAGUACUGGUGGGGAGGAAUUGAUAUUAUUGGGGAGUGCUCAAGAAAACAGUCAUCAAUCUGGGUCAGUGGACAAGCCCAAUAAUUUGACCAAUGAAGGUGGUGUCAAUGAACUGCCAACUAACUGGGCACAGGACAAAGCAGUUGUCAGUGACAACCUGAUGGAUCUGCAUUGUGAGUGGAAAGAUUUUGAGGGUCCCUGUGCCAAUGAUUUCGAUAUGAUUACUUGUGACAAACUCGACCGAGCAAAAUCAUGUUCAGAUGGAACGCUGCUGGAGGGAAAAAGUUCUGUGGUAGAGGUGGUUCCUUCAUCCCCUCAAGAAGACACAAUGGUUACCAUAUGUGGUGGUCCUCAUGUAGACAUUGAAGCUGAUGCCAGUGCCUCAACUGAUGAGUUUGAGAAACUGGAGGCAGGAAGUUCUAUUGACUCGAAGCCAAAUGGAGAAUUCCCUGUCUUACAAAAGGACACGGAGGAUAAUGCAAAAAUUAUUAUUACUCGAUCUGGCCAAAUAUGCAGAGUUGACCUUCUUGAGGAGAUCAUUGAAGUUUCCAAGAAUCACAAGAAGACACUGUUUGCUGCCAUGGAAUCAGUCAUGAACAUGAUGAGAGAAGUAGAAGUGCAGGAGAAAGCUGCCGAAGCUGCUGUAGAGGACGCUGCGAGGGGUGGACUGGAUAUUCUUGUUGAGGUGGAGAAACUAAAAACAAUGCUGGAACAUGCAAAGGAAACAAAUAACAUGCAUGCAGGAGAAGUUUAUGGGGAGAAAGCAAUUUUGGCUACUGAACUAAAAGAGCUCCAAGCUCGCUUGCUCAGCCUAUCAGAUGAAAGGGAUAAAUCUCUUGCUAUUCUUGAUGAGAUGCAUCAAAGCCUUGAAGCACGACUCUCUGUGGCAGAGAAAUUGAAGAAAGCAGCUGAGCUGGAAAAAUUGGAAAAGGUAGAAUCUGCACGAAAUGCUCUAGCUGAACAAGAAGCCUUUAUGGAGAUGGUUGUCCGAGAUUCUAAGAUUCUACAGCAGGAGGCAGAGGAGAACUCCAAGUUACGGGAGUUUCUUAUUGACCGAGGUCACGUUGUUGAUGCACUGCAAGGAGAAAUUUCUGUUAUUUGUCAGGAUGUAAGGUUGCUUAAAGAGAAUUUUGAUGAACGUGUUCCAUUAAGCAAAACUGUUUCUUCAAGCCAGACAAGUUUCCUAUUAGCAUCUUCAGGAUCGUCUGUCAAAAGCAUGGAACUUGUCCUCCUAUCCGAAAAAAAUGGAACUUCAAAGUCACCGAUGAAGGGAAGCCCAACAUAUUCAACAGAUGCCCAAUCAUCAGGAAGCAGGCAUGAAGAGGAAACUAAUUCAAUAGAUGCCCAAUCACAAGGGUGCAGGCAUGAAGAGGAAAUAAUUAGUCCAGACCGCAGAGCUCUUCUCGAUGAUGGAUGGGAUAUCUUUGACAAGGACACAGACCUGCUGCAGGACAACUGAACUAUAUAGAUGAAUGAUGGUAAAUGAAAAUUAAAUUCCAUAUAGGUUUCAUUACACAUUAGUGCUGGAACGGUUUAUCCUAAGAUUUUGAUUUUGACAAUGUUAAGAGGAUUGUGCUAUUACAUAGCUUUUCAGAUAAUUGUAGCUGCCAUUGGUAGCUACCCUGGGUUCUUUAUUUUAUGUGUACAGCAUGGAUGAUGGAUAUAAAUAAAUAAAUGGCGUCUGCUAGUGCUAGCUAUAUUCUACUA